UUAAUACGGAAAAAAAAAAAAAAAAAAAAAAAAAGUCCUAACUCGAGUGAACAAUUUGCGGCCACGUUAACUCGAUUUUAAAAAAGUCGAGUCACCCAAGCAAUUCAAUUGACUCAAGUUGUUAAAAAAAAAAAAAAAAAAAACCUGAAAUUCCUAGCUCAAAAAAGCCAACAUGGCAAGACACGUCGGUGCAAGUGCGGUUCUUUUGUCAGUUGCCCUUUUGUUCGUCGGAUUGAGCGGUGGCGGGAUCUGGCCGGCCAAGGCCGCCGCCUGUGACCAUUUCUUAACCACGGUUAUUUUCGUUAUCACCGGGGGCAUCUUUUUUACCGGGGUUGUGAUCUGCUGCUCCGAAGAGGACAACUGGUGCAUCUUGUGCCCGGCCGGGUGUUUAAAAAUGCUGUUCGUUUUGCUGCUGUUGGCUAUUGGGAUCUUCGCGUUUGCGGUGUCCAAAGACGGCGGUGCGCAGUCCGUCGUCGGGUCGGGAUACAAGCAGUUCGAUCUCGAUGGAUACUCCACGUGGCUGCGCCACAGAGUGCGCAACGAGGCUGUCUGGAAAUCAAUCAAGGGGUGCAUAAUGAAGCGGGAGGAGUGCCAACAACUGCUCCAUGCGAGGCCUGACAAGACGACACGUGUCGUCAAGUUCAAUGAUCUGCAGUCGGGAUGCUGUAAGCCGCCCGACAUCUGCAGAUUCACCGUCAUCAACCAAUCGGAGUCGACCUACGCGCCGCCUCCCGAUGCCUCCUCAUCCUCUCUCUCAGAUGCGCUCGAUCGGGAUCCAGACUGCAGGCGAUUUGUGGUGGAUGGAGACGAGAAGUGUUUCGAGUGCGACUCCUGCAGAGCGGCGUUCCUAGAGACCUUGAGGAGGAGAUGGCGGAUCGUGGCCAUGAUUAGCAUCCCGAUCGCGGGUAUGCUGAUCUGCGGCGGCGGGGAGGAGGCCAGAAAACGCCAAUCCUUCGAACAGAACAGGCUCCGUGGAUGAUCGUGGACACGUGUCAGGGACAGGGAUCGGGAUCGGGAUCGGGAGGUGAUGGGAGUGACUAGGGAUCGGGAUAGGAAUCGUGGCCAUGAUUAGCAUCCCGAUCGCAGGUAUGCUGAUCUGCGGUCGCGGGGAGGAGGCCAGAAGACGCCAAUCCUUCGGACAGCACUCGCUCCGUGGAUGAUCGCGGACACGUGUCAGGGACAAGGAUCGGGAUCGGGAACGGGAUCGGAGUCGGGAUGAUGAAGUGUGUUGAAGUAGAGUCACCUGUCAAUAAGGCUGUCAUCGGGAUCGGGAGUUUAGUGAUGGGGAGUGACUAGGGAUCGGGAUAGGAAUCGUGGCCAUGAUUAGUAUCCCGGUCGCGACUAUGCUGAUCUGCGGCGGCGGGGAGGAGGGGAGAAGACGCUAAUCAUCGACAUGCUGCUUCUCCUUCGGACUGCGCGCGCGCGCUCCUCUGGUGAUGGCGGGCGGCGGUUCCUAGAGACCUUGCGGAGGAGAUGUCGGAUCGUGGCCAUGAUUAGUAUCCCGAUCCCGUCCAUGCUAAUCUGUGGCGGCGAGGAGGAGGCGGGAAAACGCUAAUCAUCAGCAUUCUGCUUCUCCUUCGGACUGCGCACGCUUUUUCGUGAUGGAAGGAGAGAGCAGAAGUGCUUCGAGUGCGACUGUUGCUGAGCGGCGCUCUUGGAAGACCUUGAGGAGAAGAUGGCGGAUCUCGAGGCCAUGAUUAGCAUCCCGAACCCGAUCACGUCUAUGCUGCUCUGCGGCCGUGGGGAGGAGGAGGGAGAGAGUAAUCAACGUCAACGCUGAUC